AUCGCCUGAAGGCGAGCAACACUUCAAAAGAAAUGCUUCACAGGCUCCAGUCUGUAAACGAAAAAGCAGAAAAUCAUUGACAUAGACUACAACCAAAUCCAGGCGGGGAUAAAAUUUGCAAACCCUAUACCCGAGAAGCUCAACAUCGUCGACACCUUACACACGUGUUCGGUGAGAUAGGCUUAUUCUCCAAAACGUGAAGCAUCAUGGGAACUGAAUCUGCGUACUUCCGACUGGAUCUACGGAGUAACCGUUCAGUCCUCAGCUUGACGGUGCCUGUCUCAGUCGCUCCUCAGCCGUCGGGUAAGCAGUGUAGCUGGGACCGUGUUCGAAAAUGGAGGUUGAUCAUGUGACGUACAUCUUCGGCAGCUUCUCUCGUCGACGUCAGGCUGAAGUCGUGAGGACUCCCAAGAAACUGCCCUCGGAUCCGGCCCCCACCACUUCACAGCAGCGUCGUAAUGGGAGCAGGAUGCCCGCCGGAAGCGGAGAUCAGCAGUUCCUGUGUCCCUUGUGCCAGCGCCAGUUUACAGAGCCCAAAGUGCUACCGUGUCUGCACUCGUUCUGCACCGCCUGUCUGCACCAGCUACAGUCGCCAUGUGACAGCAAUAUCGAGCUAGCAUCACUGAGGUUGGCACACAAUGGACCAAAGGUUGAAGUGAAUGGAGGAAGUGCCAGUUCCACUGGUUCUGGAUAUUCGGAUGGGUCAGGAUAUGAAAGUGAGGUACGCUCCGAUUCCGACAGCUGGACACCCAGGAACAAAACUCUCAACCUGCUGGCCUGUCCCAUAUGUGGGACUGAGAACAAAUUACCUCCCGGAGGGAUCGCAGCCCUUCCGGCAGACUACAUGUUACAGCACCGCAUGGUCCUCGCGACUCUCAACCGGGAAAGCACCCGCUUGCUCUGCGACCUCUGUUCUACCGACAUUCCGGCUGCCAGCAGAUGUACAGAUUGUCUACUGAGUCUCUGCAAAUUCUGUUCUGAAGCACACCAACGACAGCUGGUCACUGCAGACCAUGAAGUAUUAGCUCUUCAUGAUGCCCGUCAGCGAGGCAUUACAAGGGUUCGUCGGCAAGCCAUGUGUCCAUCUCACCCAGAACUAGAACUGCAGCUGUUUUGUGCUCCAUGUGGCCAGGUGGUUUGUCGUGAGUGCUGCUUGUUAGCCCACCGUGGACAUGCAUGUGAUACUGCUGUGCGAGCUGCUGACGUAUAUGCUCAUAGCAUGAGAGAUGCACUAGAGAGGGCUCGUCCAGUGGCCGAAGAUGCAGUAGUAAACCUGGAUAGACUGCGACAUCUGGAACAGAGAAUAGAGCUGCAGUGUAGCCAGGUGCGUGAUGAAGUUGACCAGUUCAUUGAUUCAUACAUUUCUGCACUAGAAGAGCAUCGACGAUCUCUGCAGAUGCAGGUGCAAGAGGCUCGUGAGUCCAAACUCCGUAUGGUUCAUGGACAACAACUGGAGUUGGAAAGGCAUUUAGAGGAUACCAGAAAUGCUGUUUCAUUUGCUGAGAAUCUCUUGUCAGAGAGUUCUGACAUUGAGUUGUUGAGUUUAGUGGUGCCAGUACUGCAUCGACUGGAGCGGUGUUGCACUGCAGUUGGUUCAGGUGGAGGUGGUGCUAACAACUUGCUGGAACCACGUGUGUCAGAGUGUCUGCAGUUCCUCCGCAGUGAGACUGCAGGAAAGCUCAAGGACUACUCUUUGUUUGGUAUCAUCACCACUCAGACCAUAUCCCAUCAGUACUGCACCCUUAAUAUAGAGAGUCUGAUGGAUGUCUGCCAGCAUCAGAAAGCAGAAACGAUGGUGGUAACACGAGAUGCUGAUGGUCGCCCCCUACGUCAUGGUGGGGAGAAGGUAGUGGCUGAAGUAUGGUACAAGGAUACCAGCCACAGAAAGGUUCCAGUAAAAGUGACAGACCAACAAGAUGGGACAUAUCUAAUCUCAUUUGUGCCUGACACUUCAGGCAACUUAAGCCUCUCUGUGUCAGUGCAAGGAAAACCAAUUAAGGGUAGUCCAUUCCAUGUGCGUGUGCGGACCAUGCGUACCCACCAUGGCACUUUCCACUGCUGCAGCUUCUGUUCUAGUGGAGGCAGUAAAGAAGCUACUUGUGGCUGUGGAGGCAGGAUGCCAGGUGGUUAUCGAGGUUGUGGUCACGGGCAUGUUGGCCACCCUGGUCAGCGUCAUUGGUCAUGCUGUGGCAACAUUCUCAGGAAUUCAGAGUGUGGCCGUUCUAACUUGUCAGUCUAUCAGUUCACUCUUUGACCAAUCCUGCCACUGAGCAUUUAAUUCCUAUCAUUUACCUGCUACUCAAGAGUACCUGCCUUUCUGCAUCCCUACCUGACAGCCUCAUAACAGGCAGUUCUCUGAUAUUUCAAGAAACAGCAUGGGGAGAAAGAAAUAAUAAUCCCCUCUCAGUCCUUUCUGACUGUAACUCCAAGACCACAUUGUUACCAUGGGUAAGAAAGACAGUAGGAAGGCAGAGGGAGAAUUUACCUUAUUAUUUCAUGAAAGAAAUGUUUUGUAUUAUUUCUUAUUUAGAUACCUCAGGAAAUGAAGCCAAUGUAUGAAAAGAACUCUGUCCCCAUAUAUUGUAUGAUGUAAUAGAGUAUCAGGACAUUACAGAUGUUCUUAGGAAAGAAACCAAAUACUUUCAAAUGCUAAGGUCCGAAAUGUCAAUGAAGAAUACAACAGUUUUGAGAGUUUAAUAUGGGUGAUGGUUAGAAACGUUCUCCAUAAUGAAAUAGAAAAUAAAAAUUCUUGUUUGUGUAGCUUUAGCUUUGAGGACUAGGGCAUGUUGAAUGCUGAGGGUGUUUCAGUGUUUUGGCAGACCUUCCAGUAGCCAUCUUCAGAGUUAGAAGUUUUUGGAAGGGGUCUUCACAGCUGUUAUAUAACUCUUGCAUUAGGCAGUGUGUCAGAGGUGAAGCCUAAUGUGAGAGCUAUAUCAAAAUGCAGAACCCUUCUCAAAGUCUUCAGUAAUCCAUAUAGUACAUAUAUGAGAAAAUACAAAUAGGAACAUCUGUAAACACUGUGUUGGUUAGCAUUAUGCUCACAGUUUAUUUCUGCCAGUACAAACUGUCUUGUUUCAUUUUAUUAACUGUUGUGAUUACUAUUGAUAUUUAUGUUGUUCUUUGAAAGUAAAAUCAGUGGAAGUAAAAUGCAGGUCUUGCCUUUGGUCCUGAUUAAGUGCUGUUGGUAGGAAGCAGUGUGUUGUUUUCUGAUUCACUGUGGGACUAUAUAUUGUUUAUGUAUUUAUAUGCAUGGUAACAUGACUGUAAUUGUGUAUUAGUAUUUAUGCUUUUCUUUCUAUUCUUUGCAAGUUUUGCUUUUAUAUUUAUAUAAAGACAUAUUCAUCCAGGUGAGGUAUUUUCUGAACCACUUCCGGUUCUUGUCUUGUAAUUUAUCUCAUUACAUCUUCCUUUGGUUAUCUUUGUUUGUGAUACCAUCAUAUAGUGUUGCAUCACUAAUAAGGUAAAAUAUCAACAAACCACACAAUAUACAAAAAGUUCUGGAAAGAAUAUAUCACCACCAACCCUUGUUCCAAUGCUUCAAUCUACAUGGUGAGUCUAGUAAGUACUGUAUGUAAGGCCGUGCCAUAGCUCAAGCAGUUAGUCGCUUGCUUCCCACCGCAGAGGCCCAGGUUCGAUCCUGGG